UCUCCUUGCAGCAGGCAAUAAUUACGACCUAGGAGAGUCUCGCCAAUCACUUCCAUCUCUCAGUCUCCCCUACCCCGCCUCAGCCCCCCUCCCUACCCUCCAGUUUUCCCAGACUUGAAGAUAGAUAAUAGAUGGGAAGAAAUGAUGACCGAAAUGCUUUGUAAAUAUGCCUUUCAAAGAAUAUGGCUGAUAAUAAUUAUAAUGUUGAAGACUUAGACCCAAGGACCUCAAUUCCGAAGCUGUCAAGAACCCAGGCUGGACGAGUCAGAAGUCACUCCGGGCACUUCCCACCUAGGGUGUGCACUGGGGUGGGGUGGGGGUGGGGGGCUGUGUCGGCUCCGAGGUUCCCCCAGGGCUGGGCUGUGACUAGUAGGCGGUUCCGUCUUGUUUGGGCAGCCAGCCUCUAUAUAGGGACUGUGGGGUAGCCGUAGCUCCAAGUUGCAUUACAGCGGAAGCGGGUCCCGGAGAAAUCCUGGGAGCAGGCAGCUGACCGCCAGCAGCGAGCAGCACAAAGCAGGCGCCAGACAGCGGGCAGCAUGAGCCGGAGUCCAGCCUUUCUGAACGCUGAGGAGGUGGAGCGGUACCUGAGCAGCUCCAGUCUCCUGAUAACACCCCUGGAGAAGGCUCUGGCCAAUUUCUCUAGCGGCCCGGAAGGAGGAGUCGUGCAGCCAGUUCGCACGGUGGUGCCGGUGGCCAAACACCGAGGUUUCCUGGGUGUCAUGCCUGCCUACAGCGCUUCUGAAGAUGCCCUUUCCACAAAGCUAGUAACCUUCUAUGAGGGCCACAGCACCUCCGCUAUCCCUUCGCAUCAGGCCACAGUGUUGCUCUUUGAGCCCAGCAAUGGUUCUCUACUCUUGAUCAUGGAUGGAAGUGUAAUUACUGCAAAGAGGACAGCUGCUGUGUCUGCCAUUGCUACCAAGUUUUUGAAACCCCCUUCAAGUGAAGUUUUGUGCAUACUUGGUGCUGGUGUCCAGGCCUACAGUCAUUAUGAAAUCUUCACAGAACAAUUCUCUUUUAAAGAGGUCAGGAUAUGGAAUCGCACCAAAGAGAAUGCCGAGAAGUUUGCUCAGACGGUGAAGGGAGAUGUGCACGUCUGCUCCUCUGUCCAAGAGGCAGUGACAGGUGCCGAUGUGAUCAUCACUGUCACCAUGGCAACAGAGCCCAUUUUAUUUGGAGAAUGGGUGAAGCCGGGAGCCCAUAUCAAUGCUGUUGGUGCCAGCAGACCCGACUGGAGAGAACUCGACGAUGAGGUUAUGAAGAAUUGUGUUCUGUAUGUAGAUUCUUGUGAGGGAGCCCUCAAGGAGUCUGGAGAUGUCAUACUGUCUGGGGCUGAGAUCUUCGCAGAGCUGGGAGAAGUGGUGAAGGGAGUGAAGCCAGCUUAUUGUGAGAAAACUACAGUUUUCAAAUCUUUAGGAAUGGCAGUGGAAGAUACAGUUGCAGCGAAACUGGUCUAUGAUUCUUGGUCAUCUGGUAAAUGAAGCAGAGAACCUAGCCUUGAGAUGCUGUGAUGUAAAGACUGCUGCUUGUCUCUCAUAGUUUCUUUCACAGAAGGGAAAAAUGGACCCACAAGGAAAUAUAAUUUUGCACUUAAUAUCACUUGCCUUAAAAAAAAGCAAACUAGCCAAUUUUGUUUGUGAUUCAAAAAAUUAAAUUAUAGUAUUGUGUUUUUUCUUUCCUUUGUCUUGCUGCUGAAGGAGCCCCAAGCAGGGAGCUGCUUGGUCAGUACAGCAUAUAUCACUAUAGAACAUCUGACCAACAGACCCCUGUCAGGGAACCUAAAUGUGCCAACGCCCAAAACAUAGAUUCCAGGAGAAACUUGUGGGCCACAUAUAGUGGCUAGUGAUAUGCUGUCAGGCGUUGGGUAUAAAAGACUGCACUCACAACUGCAGGUGGUCUCUUGUGCUGAGCUUCCCCUGGUAUAUACCAGAAUAAAGGACCCUCCUGCUUGAUUGCAUUGUCUGUGGGUCUUCCAUGGUGGUGGGUGAUGAACUGGACCUUAACACUGCAUCUUAUUAUAGCAUUCUUUGUCCAUAGAUAUAACCACCUUUUGUAUUUCCCUUAAUAUGAAUUUCCCUUAAAUAAAGAAUUUGCCAAUUUUUGGCUGCUUGCUACA